AUGGGCACGUUGCUUCCUGAGGAUUCCACUGCAGAAGAGGCGGAGCGCGCUCAUUUGCGCCUGACCUGGGAUCACGCCGCUGCCAUUGGUCGCUUGUCGGAUUCUGUUGCCGAUUUGCAGUCGCAGGUUGCCGAACAGGACUCGGCCCUAGGCGAUCUCCAGGAGCAGGUUAUCCUUUUUGCUCAGGUGGGUUCCUUGCAAGAGGAGCGUGUCGGCUUCCUCCGUGCCAUCGGCGUGGCUCCCUCCCAGUGGGCUCGUACUUCUCCGUGGACCCUUGUGCAUCGUGUCAUUCAGGAUCUCGGUGGGCGUGUUCGCCACCUGUGGCGGCUGUACGGGCCGCGUCAACCGACGCUUACGCCGCUGGAUAGUUCCGAGCUUGGAAAAUUCUUGAUGAACUCAUCCCAGGACACCUUGCAAAUCGUGUCGUCAGCUGUCGGCGGGAAAGCUACAUCCACCUUGCUGAAGCGUGUUCUGGAGCACCCGGUGAUCCAAGGGAUCAAGAGAGAAGCUUCGGGCGCAAUCAGGCUGCGGACUCCGUCACGCACCCUGUAUGUUGCAGAAAUCUUUGCUCUCGAGUGCGAGUUGAUCGAGGGUUUUCUCGACCCGAUCGACCGGUAUGCCCUUGGAGUUUGUCUGUUCCUUGUGUACGCCAGAGCCCGCGUCUCAGACAUCCGGAACAUUUACAAGAUCGAACUUGACAUUUCCGGAAACAAGGGAUACAUCGAGGUCAAGACCUUCGAUCACAAAAAUGCGCGGAUCUCAAACGCCGCCGGCGUGCCUCUGAUCCUCGUUGUGACCAGCUGGAUGCGCAAGUUGCUCGCCCUUGCACUUGUACGCGAGCCGGAGGCAGGCUUCAGCUCCCAUGGGUUGAAAGCCACGCUUCUCUCUUGGAUGACGAAAGCGGGCUAUGAUAAGGUCGAGCCGCUCCUUGCCGUUCGGGCAGGCGCCCCCAGUGUGGAAGGAGGUAUCUCAGACGUGAUCUAUCUGUGUAUAAGGAGCGAUCUCGUCAUGGCCAGCACCCUUACCGAAUCCACCCCUGUCUUUCAGGAACGUGCUGCUGUUGCCGGCCUCAAUGCCGAAGAUCUUGCUUGCCUUGCGAAGCAAGGGCUCGACACCCUUGCGAAGCUCGCUUUUGCGUGCGGCCAACCUGGCGAGACUCCUUCUGAUGACGCCAUUAAAGCCUUGAUUCGGCCUGCUCCUGCCGCAGGAGGAGAGGCUGCCCCCGAGCCUUCUCUAGGCUCCGUGUCUGCGCUUCGCCGUCUUCUUUUCGAGUCACAAACACUAAUGAUCAGCCAAGUGAAAUCCCUGGUCGAAAGCCGCGAGGAUCAAGUUAAAGAACUGCCUACCGCCGAGCGGCAGGAUCGCAUUCGCCGCCAGGCAGCUCGCCUGUCUGGUGUGAGUUUGUCAGGGCCCGGAGAAUGCAGCUACGCAAGCUAUGACCUUUGCAUGCAGCUUUUGAUGGACAACAGUGUGCGCUAUCUCCCUCCGAGCAAGUUCACCACCAGACAAAGUGAACUGCGCAUGGAGAAGCCCCGAAAGGAGCUCGAGAUCGCCAACUCCAACCUAACCAUCAAAGACAGGUCAAGAUAUUUUAUCUUGCAGGGAACCAAGUUUGGAAGCUUUGUCCUGGGUGUGAAGGCCGUGACGACAGUUAAGAUCGGCAAGGGCCGACAAGAGGCUCUGCCUCCAUGGGCCGCAGAAGGAACAGAAGCAGCAGUGACAGCCGUCGCUCAAGACGCAGAGACAGGAUUUCACUGGUGCCAAGUGCCGACAGCGGCCUUUGGCGUGGCGUCGGGCCCACAGGCCUACUGCAUCAAGAGUUGCUAUGCAAAGGUCUAUGGAGUGGCUGCAUGCUUUGGCAUCUUUGAUGAGCCAAUCCAGAGUGCCGAAGUGGCAUCUCUGGGUGAAGAGGCCAAAGAAUCGCAGGCAGAUGCGCAAGGGACCUCUGUGGAGGAACCCCUUCUCCCAUCAGAGGAGGCGGUGUACAAGUUCUGCAGGGAGAUAUCCCACAGCAAAAAGGGCAAGCGGGCACCUCAGAGCAUGGUACAAGCGUUGAAGUUUGUGAAAUUUCUGCUUUCCAUUCCAGAUGUGGAGAAUUCCAUCUCCCCCAGGGUCCGAGGCUUGGCAGACCGAGUGGCAGGAGUGUUCCUGUGUCAGAUCUUCAGCAGGAACCGUUGGUCAGACAUCAGGCACGUGCGAUUCUUGGAGUUCGACUUUCUGGAAAUUGGACCCGAGAUUUGUGGUUUUCUGGAAGGAAUCCUUUCAAGGUUGAGCAAAUACGGCAUUGUGGGCGAGACACAGACACUCUUGUCACAUUAUUCGACUGGAGCUUUGAGUACAUUAGCCUACUCGAGAGAUGCCCUUAGUGGCCCCCUCCGGCAGCCGGAGGAAAUGCUGAAGCAGGAAUUAGACAAGCUGGCUACCGUGACCUGUGGGCUUUGCGAAACAGUGCUCGAUAAGAAUGACACACAAGAUGCAGAUGACAACGGGGAGGCAGAGUUCUCGCCUACCACAUCAGCAGACGGGUCCUCCGAGGAAACCUCUGAUGGAGCCUCGUCGGAAGAAAAGGAGGUCGGGAUGGAGCAGCAACUCUUGGAAAGAUUCAUAACCGGAGGGGUCAGGACGGUGUCCAUGGCAGCCUACGCCGCCACUCAACCGGGUCAACCUCUCACAGACAAGGAGGUCUCCACUCUAUGCACGAGUCUGGGGCAGGACAACCCCACUCGUGCGCAAUUGACGGUCGUCAAGAGGCUCCUGUUCGAGUGCCGGACCAUGAGUCUGGCAAAUUUGGAGGCCACCGUGGGACAGCAGCCGGACUCAGUUCUACGUAAGCUGCCAGGCAAGCCAGCCAAGGAACUUGUGCUGGACGCUUCGGGGGACGGCCUCUCGGUUCAGGAUAAAUCCCCUAAAGUGGCGGCCCAGUUGGGGUCAGACAUGGCGACUUACAGAGCGUUGCAAAGACGGGGUCUGGCCUACGACCUCGUUGGCGUGUUGAAUCCCAAGGCGCACGAGAAACGGCUUCAGAAGGACUUUGAUACCUUGCAGACCCCAGCGCCCCCAGGCUUCAACCGUCCGACGCUGCAGCAGGUCCUGCGAGCAGAUCGGGCCUUGUGGAGGGAGCUUGGCAGCAAACAGCCGACCCUGAAAAGGGCAGCGGCGAAGGUGCCGCUCGCGGACGCCCGGUGCUUAGAUCAAGUCUUCCUGGAAGCCACAAACACGGUUGCAGUCAAUUUUCACUUCAUGCCGACACCUCGUGCGGAAGGGUUCACAGAUAAAGGAGGCAAAGGAGGCAAGGGGGAGACCCCCAUGCCGGCCGCCUUGCGAGGUGGCGUGCCGAACGACGAGCACGGAGAUCCUCUUUGUUUUGGCUUCAACCUAGGCAGCCUGAAAGAACGCCCCGUUGCAAGGGACGUUGACAGCGCCUCCGCGCUGGACCAGGACAAUUUUCCCGCUUCUUUGGCGGACAGGCGAGUCAUCCUGGCGCGAACAGGUCUGGACAGGACUGGCCGCCGUAUGGCUGGCGCCGCCCUGCGGCACAUCCAGCAGAGCCAAGGAAAUCUAGCUUCCGUGGGAGGCCUGGCUGUCACGUGUGUUGGAUCCCACGAGCACCUACCGUCAUCCCCGGAUUUUGCCGACGAACCAGAUGGACAGUGCCCAGCCAACUCCGUGAUUGAGACUCGAGCAGCGCAGUCACUAAGAUGGCUCCAGCGAGCCCAGGAGACCAACCACCAGGUCAUCAAGGAAGUUGAGGACUCAUCUCAGUUUCUGGAAGAACUGCUGAUCGACGACCUGUCCCAGAGCUACAUCAACGAGGCACGCAGGACAAGGCCAGUGCAUGUUUUUUUGCUAGACUUGCUCUGCUUUGAGUUUGACAGAGACGGAGACAAGGCUCCGCCGUUCCAGGAGGAUGGUGCGAGCCCAGACCUCAGAGACGGUGUAUCUUUUACGGACGCCUCGCCAGAGGACUCCAAGGCCUUGACCCUCUUGAGCAAUGCUUGUGCAUUGGAACAGGAGCUCGAGAUGAUUCAGUUCUACGCUCGGGUUCAAGACCAGGUGCUUCUCGCGGAAAUGGCCAAGAUGGUAAACUCGCUUGUCGGGCGCCGCUUCAGAGCCACUACCGUCCAGCAAGUCCUAGAGGCCGACCGUGCUGCCUGGGUCCGCCUUGCUGAGCUCACACCUAAAGGUGUGCGUGCAGGCUCCGACGGAAUCCUCCCCCUGGAUUCUCUUUGGGAACGAGUGCAGCUCGAGCCUCGAGUCGCGUACAAGUUGAUGCCUGUUCCAGGUUCUGCCCCCAAGAGCACCACGGCCCCUGAUGACCCCGACACCGAGCGUCCCCCCAAGCGUCCCCGCCGAGACAAAGGUAAAGGCAAAGGCCGUACUAAAGGGCAACCUGCUUCCGAACCAGCUAACACUCCAGCCGAGCUGAAAGGCCUUUCCUUUAUGACCAAGCGAGGCGGGCGCCGUUGCUGGAACUUCAACAUGGCCUGUGGUUGCAAGGCUGCCAAGGUAGGCCAGGAUCCGCCUACUGCACCGGCCCACAGCCCGCUGGUGCCUGUGCUUCAGCCCGCUGCCAGUGACACUUCAUUGAUCCAACGCACUGCCACUGACCCCCCACCUACCCGGAACGACCAGUUUCCGGACGGCCUGCCGAUGCUCGCUCCCGUUCUGCAAGCCCGGGUUGCUGCUGCAAAUCAGCUUUUCGCUCUCUCCGGCCGCAUCUUCCGGCACGCCAUCGGCCAGGGCAAGUUGGUCUCCUGUGAAAAUCCACACAGAAGCUUCUUCUGGGAUACCAGCCACUGGCGUGCUCAAGUCACAGGUCUUUCCUACGAGUCGACCAUCCUGGAUCACUGCUGCUUCGGGGGCCGCCGUCGCAAACGUACCUUGCUGGUGCACAAUAUACCCGCCUUCCGUGGUCUUGCCGUUCUUUGCCCUGGCGAAUCACCUGAGCAUGUCCAUGCCCCCUGGGGCAAAACCGCCCACAACCGCUGGGCCACUAGCCAGGAAACCGCCUACCCGCUGCAGCUGUGCCGACACAUGGCUUUACAGGUCAAAGAACAAGCUCUUGCGCGUGGCCUCACCCCGCUGCCCUCGUCUCUGGCUGACCCGCCAGAUCACCUGCAUCGCGCUGCCCAAGUUGCCCUCGGCCAGCAACCCACGGGCAGGAAAAUCCCCGCCAUGGUGCCUGAAUUCAAGCAGAUAGUGAGCGUGGACUCCGUCCAGCCAAUCCUGCCCGGCGUGCGUAAGGUGGCUUCGGAGUUCCCAUUGCCCGACCAGGCAGUGUCUGAACCUGCCCUGCCCUCACUUCCGCCGGGGGCCCGCAUCUUGCGUCGCUUGACACUGGGGGGCAACACCAGCCGACGCGAGCUGCGCCCUCGAGUUGCCGAACCGAGCCAGUCCCUCCGUGCACUGUGUUCUGGGGACCCUGCUGAGCAAUAUGCCCACUCCGAACAAGCCGCGCGGGGAUCCGGCUCUGACCGCGACUUCUCUUGGACGUCGGGUGCAUACGCUCAAGGACACCUCUUCUCCUGUGUACUCCUUGGUAGAGAUUUGCAAGGGCCACCGCAUGUUGACAAAAACAACCAAAAGGGUAUUCCAAAUUGCAUCCUCAAACUAAGCGACUUUGAGGGAGGUGGCCUCUGGCUGCAGAAUUCGUCUGGUGAGACGAUGUGUCCCCAUUCAAACUCACCACAGAAUUGGGGUAACGUGAUCGACUUUCAGAACGGACGAAUCAUUUUUGACCCACAUGCACUCCACUGUGCCAUGCCCUGGACGGGUUUGCAUCGCGACAUCCUUGUGGCGUUCCACCCCAGGAAUGUGUCAAAGCUCUCGAACAGCCAGCUCGAGGAGCUAACAGAUGUGGGUUUCCCCUUGGCUUCCGCCAGCCAGAUUGCAGCUGCCGAACGCCUGGACAGCGUGCCCCCUUGGGCAUACCCUGAACCUUUGCUGUGCACCUUGAAUGCUUUGGCUUCGAACACCCCAGAGUGGAUUGGGCGCACUCGCACUGAAGAGAUGCGCAAGUGGAUCAGUCGUGCAAGGGACCUAGAGGGCCAAGAGGCCGAGCUGAAAGAGACGAUGACGCCAAACUGCCGUGCUAUCCUCAAGAGCAAACGGCUUCUUGUCUUUGAAGAGAUGCUUCAAGCUUCGGGACAUGAAGACGUAGCAAUCGCCAGGGAAAUGCGGUCAGGGUUCCAGCUAGGAGGAGCCAUACCUAGGAGCGAAGCUUUCCGAGUGAGACGCCAUUCCGCUUCCGUGACAAUGGCAGACCUGCACCACCAUGCGUCAUCUCUGCGUCAGAGUAUUCUGGGCUCGACCAAGAGCUCUGGAGACGAAACUCUGGACCGUGAGACCUAUGAAGCAACGGUCCAAGAGGUGGCAAGAGGCUGGUUGGAAGGUCCGCUUCCCCUAAGCAGCCUUAGCGAAACUUCCCUGGUCACACGCCGCUUUGGAGUCAUGCAGAAGGGGCAAAUACGUCCUAUCGACAACUACCUGGAGAGUGGAGUCAACAGCACUGCCAGCUCGGUCGAUACGAUCAUCGUGCACACCGCAGACUGCAUCGCCGCGGGACUGGGCCACAGGAUGAGCCAGGACAAAUCCUGCCGUACGCACCAGCUGCAGGUCCGAUCAUGGGAUCUGCACAAAGCAUAUAAAAACCUGCCCCUAGCAGAUGAAGUACUUGAUGACUCCUUCCUGUGCGUGUACAACCCGGCGACGCAGGCAGCUGAGCUCUUCAAGCAAAGGGUGUUGCCCUUUGGAUCUCGGCACUCGGUCCACAGCUUUUGCAGGGUGUUAGGGAUAUGGAGGAUUGCAGUAACGACACUGCUGAUGCACCUGAGCGUCUAUUUCGAUGACUUCGUCGGGGCGGAGAUCGAACCCUUGUCAAAGAUCUAUGAGAUGUGCUUGGACAUGCUUUUCAAAGUCCUUGGCUGGGGAACAUCGAAAAACAAGGAGCAUCCAUUUGGGACGCUUGCUAAAGUCUUGGGCCUCGAGAUCAACCUUCGUCACGCAAAACUCGGGUGGGUCUACCUUUCUAAUACUCCGGAACGGCAAAAAGAGGUGUUCGACUUCGUGAGCGAAAUUCUCGAUCAAGGCUUCCUAAAGAAGAAGGAUGGCGAGAAACUUCGUGGUCGUCUUCAGUUUGCCGAAUGCCAAAUCUCGGGAAGAGGUGCCGGGAUGGCAUAUAAGAAACUUACCGGCUUCAUCAGGGAUGGUGCAGGCUACCUUGAUGACGAAGCUCGAAGUACACUUCUGACUUUGCGUGACAGAAUCCUUCAUGCUCCAAACAGGUGCGUUUCACAGAACCUCUGCAACACGAUGCAUUUAUACGUGGAUGCCAGCUGUGAGAAGCGGAAGGUGGGGCUUGGUGGCGUGCUUGUCAACGAGACUGGAACUAAGAUUGGGUUUUUCAGCGAAUGGGCUAGUGAUGGCGUGGUGGCUCGAAUGAACCCAGCCAGUGGAAAUCCAAUCUUUGAGUUUGAAUGUCUCGCGAUUCUUAUGGGCCUACGGACCUGGGCACCACUGAUAAAGAACUGCAAUCUGGUGAUCUUCACAGACAACGAUGCGGCUCUUGCGUGCAUGAUUCGUGGAAUGUCGGACAAUGACUAUGGCGGGAAGAUCGUAACCUGCGUCCAUGAACUCAGUGACGAGAUGGUGUGCAACGCGUGGUACGAGCGUGUCAACACCACUUCGAACAUAGCAGAUGGCCCAUCCCGAGGCGCCAGAGACGAGUCGUGGGGACCAAGAUUUGAGAUAGACGUGGAUGCUAUCGUAGACACUGCCUUGAGCGCUUGGGGGUGA